AUGGUGCUAUCUUUUGAUCGCAAGUUGAGGUCAAUAACUGUGGCCGUUUUUGUGUUAUGGAAUAAAUUGAAGGCAAUCCAACUCCUCAUGGGUGGAUGUCGUGGUCUUUGUUCUAUUGGAACUCGUCAUCUUAGCUUUGCUCGUUUUCUCUGCUGUUUCGUUAUAUUUCAGGCACUUGAGACUUUCUUUUAUCUUAGUAUGCAUCACAUUGCUCGUGCUUUUAUGCAUGAAAAUUACAAAGCAAAUAAGACACGCCCGAAAAAAGAGGCGGAGGAUGCUUCUUCCAUUGUCAAUGUAGAGGCCUAA